GAAAUGGAGUGCGAUCUGAGGCCCAGGGUGUGCUACUUGGUCAAAACAGAACGCGGUUAUGGUUUCCACUUGCACGGCGAGAAAAGUAAAGGCGGACAGUUCAUCCGGAGAGUGGAGCCCGGCUCCUCGGCUGACCUGGCUGGACUGAGACCCGGGGACCGAGUGGUGGAGGUCAACGGCGAGAAUGUGGAGAACGACAGUCAUCACCAGGUGGUGGAGCGGAUCAGAGAAGUACCCCACCGAACCCGACUACUGGUGGUGGACCGAAACACGGAAGACUACCUCCGAAGCUGCGGUCUGGCUUGUACAGAAGAUCUAGCCAUCGAGAUGGGGACACUCUCCCCACGUCCCUCACCAAUGGCCACACCGUCAACUUCCCCUUUACCCAGGGGGAUUUCACCUAAGUCCUUGAAACCUGACACCACGCUUCUUUCCACAAACUCCUGCACUCUUUUCAAUUCACAAGACAAAGUAAAGAGGUCGUCAAUGACGUCAAGUACUGUGACAGACGUAGAGCUACAGAUGGAGGCCUCCCCAGAGCCAUCAGCAGAGUUACUUCCCCGCCUCUGUCAUUUGGUGAAGGGAGAAAAGGGCUAUGGCUUCAACCUGCACGGCAAUAAGGCAAAGUGUGGACAAUUUGUACGCUCGGUGGACCCUCAUUCACCUGCGGAGAGAGCCGACAUCCGUCCAGGAGACCGACUGGUGGAGGUAAACGGAGUGAACAUUGAGCGUCUGAGACACUCAGAGGUGGUGGCAUUCAUUAAAGAGGGAGAGCGAGAAGUGCACCUGCUUGUCGUCGAUAAGGAGACAGAUGAACUUUUCAACAGAUUGGGGAUCACGCCUACAGCACGCCAUGUCUACAUGGAGGAAACAGCCGUAGAAGUUGCCUCGUCUGCCCCUUCCCCUACAUCCACUGAAGGGCCGAUCAUCCAUGUCACACUGACAGACGCCGGGAUCACAAGUAUGUCCCCUAAACCCAGGGCCAAUGGGAGUUGUACGUCUCAGUCCUCAACCGGCUCAACAACUCAAUCAGAAAUCAGUAGCUCUGAUAUGAGUUUCCAGGUCCCUGAAGAAGAUGACAGGAGGGUUUUGGACCCAUUCAUGGACAGUGGCUUGCGUUUGAGUCCAACAGCUGCUGAGGCAAAACAAAAGGCUCUUGGCAGACGCAACAAAAAAAGAGCGCCCCCUAUGGACUGGAGUAGGAAACAAGAGAUCUUCAGCAAUUUCUGA